GUGCGCACAGGCCCCAGCGGAGGGGGCGGGGAGCUCUCCAGGUGCGGAGGAUCACCUGGGAAAAUGGGGAGAGGAGGAACUGGCUCUCGAACCACAAGCAAGGCGGAUUACCUAGGUAUGAAGUCGAGCUUGUCAUGAGGUCCUAUGAGGCACCGGCCCGGGCCACGGAGGGCGGCACUCUGUGAUCCGGGGGGAGCGUCCCGUGAGACGUGCGCAUGGACUCUCUUCGGAGGGUUGGUGCGCACAGGCCCCAGCGGAGGGGGCGGGGAGCUCUCCAGGUGCGGAGGAUCACCUGGUAAAAUGAAGGGAGAUGGCACGGUGGGGGGAGAUGCCCUGGCCAAAACGAAAAAGGUGGCGAGAAAGGCAGGGCCGGCUCUGGCUAAGAUUCAAUGCAGAGCACCGAUCAUUCGAGGAGUCGAAAGGGCAACGGGAAACCGUUGCAGGUUGGCCAGUUCAGCUACCCCGCGCCCUCCUUGGAGGGCGAUGGGUAGAUGGCGUGCCUCCUGGGCUGGAGGCGAACCAGGUCGACGAAGGAACAGCGAGGCCUCGUUUCUAACGUGGACCUCCUGGGCUGAGCGUGGACCUCGGCCUGGAGGGAGGGAUGGAGCACACCCGGCUGGUGCGGGUGUCGUUGUCAUCCCGCUGCGGGCAGGCCGCCGCGGCACGUGGAACGAUUGGGGGGAUGGCUUGCACACUUGGGGCCAACCCAUCACACCCGGCUUGGGGAACCCGGGAGUGAGGCCCGGAGCCUUUGCCAGAGGCUCUGGGCCGAAAAUGGGAAGAAAUGACGGCAGGCGAGCGAGGGAAGGACAGGCGGGUUGCACCGCAGGUCGUUUCCGAGCUCAGCUUGCCCCAGGCGUCGCGAACGCGGACGAGCCUCGAGCUCGCGGGGUCGGGUGGGGCCUGCCAGCCUCAUCCGGCACCGCGGACUCGGGUGCUCUUUCGUGGACCGGCGUGCGGAGGUGUCGGCGAACCGGGGAAUCCGUGUUGCGCAUACCAUACGUCGGGCUGGACCCCGAUGCCUUGCGAGUCGGGUGAUUCCGACCGGGGCGGAGGGAGAAGGGGCCGACGGUGCGCACGCCUCGCUGAGCGGGCUGCUCUCAGUUCCCGGGUGAUUCCGGCGAGACAGCCCGUGCGAGAAAGGGGAAUGGGCAGACGUCCCAGGAGGCGCGAGCUUCC